UCUUCACCUUCUUCCCUGUUUUCUCUGCCUCUAGCUCUGCUUUGCCUCCUCCGUCUCUCCAUGAAUCUGUCUCUCUCUCUGGGCCUCCCUCCCCGGUCUUCUCUUUCUCCGUCCGCCUCCUCUGCCCCAUUACCCUCAGUUCUGCCUUCCUCACGUCGCUCUGGGCCUGUAUUUUCCUCAGCCUUUCCUUCCCUCUCCACCUGAGUGUGACUUCUCUCACACUUCCAGCCUCUGCCACGCCCUCUCUCAGCCCCUCCCAGCACCUUCUCCUGAGUCCCCCUCGCCUCCUCGUCCACCCUUCCCUGGGGUACCCCUCUCUGGAUCCCUUCCACACUGUCACAUAUUUGCCACUGGCCAGGCGGGUUCUCACUAACAACUGUAGCUGCUUCCCUGGCCAGAGAGGGGAGGGAGGAGAUGGCAGGAGCGAGUCUUGGAAUGGGAACUAAGCAAUUCUAAAAAAAUGUCAGGAAAAGGGUGUGGUGGGGGGGGCAGGUCCAACUGCCCAGACCAGGGAUAAAAGGCCUCCACGGAGUGACAGGGAGGUGAUGCACCACCCCCACUUCCUCCACACAGGAAGACACCAGGGCCGGACUGGACGCAAACCUUGUUCAGCAUCCCACCUCCAGCCACCAAGGACCUCAGGCCCUCACUGUCCAGUAUCCAUGCCUCUCAGGGUCUCGGGCUCUGUGUGAGAGGCUCUUGUCUCUGUCCCUCAACCUCUGGGUCUUUCACCGCCUCCUUCUCCCUCACUUUCUCUCUGUCUUUGCCAGAACCCAGCCCCCAGCACCCAGAAUGUUCCUCCUGCUGGCCGCACUUCAGAUCUUGGCUGUAGCCAUGGCACAGGGCCAAGGGGAUAACAAGAUAAUUGGUGGCUACCCGUGCAUCCCGCACUCCCAGCCGUGGCAAGCAGCCCUGCUGGUGGGUGUCACCUGUCGCUUCCUCUGUGGAGGGGCCCUGCUGUCAGACCGGUGGGUCAUCACCGCUGCUCACUGCUCCCGCCGGAACCUGCGGGUUGCCUUGGGCAAACAAAACCUGAAGAAUAAGAACGAGGCCACACAGCAGGUGCUGCGUGUGGUGCGCCAGGUGCCACAUCCCCAGUACAACCACCGGACCAACGACAACGAUCUGAUGCUUCUGCAGCUGAGUCGGCCUGCACAGCUGGGGCAGGCGGUGAGGCCCAUCACUCUGGCCCAGAGCUGUGCCCGCCCUGGCACCUCCUGCCUCGUGUCUGGCUGGGGCACCACAUCCAGUCCCAUUGCCAGCUACCCCAACAGUCUGCAGUGUGUGAACAUCGAGAUCGCCUCCGACCAGCAGUGUAAGAAUGCCUACCCUGGAGCCAUCACUGCCGGUAUGGUCUGUGCCGGGGUCCCCAACGGUGGAAAGGACUCUUGUCAGGGAGAUUCUGGGGGACCCCUGGUGUGUCAAGGGCAGCUCCAGGGCCUUGUGUCCUGGGGGAUGGAGCGCUGUGCCCUGCCUGGCUACCCCGGAGUCUACACCAACCUCUGCAAGUACUACAGCUGGAUCCAGCAAACCAUGAGGGGCGGCUGACUGCCGGAUUGACAGGACAUCGCUGCCCACUUGCUGCCCAGGCCUGCACGCUCCACCUGAGACCCAGGGGCCCUGGCCCCUAUCCCUCGCUCCCUCAGACCCUGGAUACCAAGCCCCCAACAUCCUGGCCCCGACCCCUGGCCCAGAGCUCCCCCCACUCCCAGAGCAGCCCCUUGGAUGUUGUCUCCCUACCCCCCACAGCACAGCGGGCAGGAGCCCAAAGGCACCAAACCAGCAACACUUCCAAAGAUUUAGUGUCUCUAAAACCC